AUAUUGAACUACAACGUACACUACCCAUUCCUUGUUCUCAUCGGUUGGGAUCAGCCCAUGAGUUUUAAUGUGAAAAUACUGAGCUCAGGCCGGGGAUUGAAACCAUGACCGCCAGAGUGGUAGUCAGACACUUUUACCACGUCACUAAGAGCUAGCCCAACAGUUAGGCAGUAUCUCAUCCUAGUCUCAUUUAUUAGACACGCAAAGAAUUUAGAGUUACUUUUUAUAUGGGCUAAAUUCUUUGGAACGUCUCAUCGUUGAAGGACCUUUUAUGUGUUGGAAACCAGAAAGUUUAAAUUUUUAUUAAUUUGCGUAAAAUUGGCAAAUAACAUUACCAACUCAUUCAGUUUUAAUUCAGAAGUCCAUUUUUACCUUAAAUAUCGUCGAUUCGAAGUUAGAAAGGCAUAAAUUCUUCAGUUCAACUUCUGCUUAAAUCGUAAACAAUUACUGACCUGUAGCCAUGUCAUGAAACUGAUGAAUAUGAACCAAUCAGAAGAAGGCAUUACAGAGUAACGUGUCAUCAUGGCCACCAGCACCCCAAACACAGAGUACGUCUGUACGCUGAGUGAAGCCAGGAUCAAGCAAGCUGAAGAAGAACUCAAUGAGAAACCACAAUGGCGCAGUAGGGACAUUCAAGCACUCAGGGAUAUGGUCCUCAAAAAACCAGAGCUAAAAAUCAGAACAGACGACGCCUUUCUGCUGCGAUUUUUACGUGCAAAAAAGUUUGAUUACGAUCGAGCAUUUAACCUACUUGUCAGACACUACGAGAUGAAAGCUGAUGAGAAAAACAAGUCACUGUUCUCGAACCUACGACCGGCAAGCGUUAAACAUGUCCUGGAAGCUGGUGUAACUGGUGUUUUGCCACACAGAGACAAAUUAGGGCGGCGAGUUAUUAUGUUCAGACCGGGGAGAUGGGACCCUUCGAAAUAUCCUAUUGAUGACAUCUUCAGAACAAACUUUUUAACCCUGACAACACUUUUGGAGGAGGAAGAGGAGAUCCAAAUUUGCGGCAUUAUUCUCUUAGCUGAUCUAAAACACAUGGGAUGGAAACAGACAAAGAAAAUAAAACCUUUUUAUGCCAAAAAGAUGUUCAAGGCGAUGGAGGACUGUUUCCCCAUGCGAUUCAAAGGGAUUCAUUACCUGAAUGAGCCUGCUGUGUUCGACUACAUAUUUGCAAUAAUGAAACCAUUCCUGAAGGAAAAGAUUCUUAGCAGAGUACAUUUCCAUGGCAACAAGUACCACGAGUUGAAAGAGUAUAUUGACGAGGAACACUUGCCAUCGGACUAUGGAGGCCAAGGGCCGCCUUUUUCCAAUGAGGAUUGGAUGAAAACCCUGAUGGACUCCGAUUCCCAUUUUGACUCUGAAGCAAAGUAUGGCUUGGUUAAAUCGACUGGAAAAUCAGAAACAUCGAAAGAGACAACGGUGGACUGUUUAGCUGGAUCGUAUAGGAAACUUGACAUAGAAUAGUCGCAACGUAUCUAAAUGAUUAUGAAGUGCAACUUACAGGGUUCUCGCUGUUUCCUUUUUUAUGAUCUUGAAAUUUGAAUGUUAAGCUCGGCUGUUUUCGGAGAAAACCCGAGGUAUUGUCAUAGCCAGCUUGUCCCCUGUCCGCUGUUCUAAAACCUUAACAUUGGCUCUAAAAUCAAAGUGCUUCCACUUACAACUUAGAAACUUCAUAUGUAACUGCGCCUUGAUGAUUUCUACAUGCCCCUAUUUUUGGGUCACAAGGUCAACGGUCAAGGCCACUGUGACCUCUAAAAAAAAAUAUUCUGACAAGCUUUCAUUUAUUCAAAACUGCAACCGCAGCUGAGCGUUGGCACCAGCUAUGCCAUGCUCUUGUUUUUGUUUACAAGCAGUCGGGCCGUUCAUUAGUGCCUCAUGCAUACAUGCUGUAUGUUUCUGUAUGUUUCUGUAUGUUUCUGUAUGUUUCUGUAUGUUUCUGUAUGUUUUUGACGAGAAUCAUUUCAAAUAGAUCAACAUGUAUUCACUUAUUGUUAAAGCGGGUCUUUAAACCACUAGGUAAUAUUAUGUCGAGAAUACAGGUUGGUUUCUUUGUUAAUGAAUUAUAUUUAUUCCUUAGAGUGGAGCUAUUUUCAUGUCCAUUAACACAACCGGUAUGAGCUUGGAAUUUAUGUAAACAGAAGGCCUUGUAGUCAAAGAAAAAAUCAAACCGGCCGCAGGGUAAAAUGUAGCUGGUGUGAAUGAGAUGUUAUUCGGCUUAUUCUGUAUAUUUUAAAUACAUGUAUAUGUUCAGUGUUUGAUGAUUUGUAUACAACAAAAUGGUGGCAUAUAGUAGCCCGCCCGUCAGUCUGUCAGCUUCUUGUGCGGAGCAUAGUUCAGGAAUUUUUUAAUUGGUUGAAAACUGCUUCAUAUAAUUAUUGAAUUGGUUAAAAUACUGACAGAAGGCCUUAAGGGACAGCGCAGAGUACAAGAACCAUAUCUGUCUUUAGAAUUUACAGAGUUAUAGGACUUAAGUUAAUUUUCGUGUUCAGAACAUAAUAGUUAAAGUUUUUCAAACAUAGCAGGGUCAAUGAAUAGAGGACAUGGAGAGAAAGUUUCAAAACCCGUUAUUCUUUCUACAGUAGGUUUUGGAGUUAUUUGUCUUUUCUUCAUUUUUUGGCAUCACACAAAAAAUAUUUAAGGGACACAAAUUAUCAUAUAAUAAUACAAUAUUUUCAGAGAAACUUUGUAUUACAAGAAAACAUUACUCUUUGAAAUUGAGUUAUUGCCCUUCAUUGAUUUUCUGUUAUAAAUGCACCUUGGGUGUUUUCUACCCUUGGGUCAAAACAAUCCUUCCGGGGCAAUAGUCCUUUUCAGUGACAUCACUUGUUUAACCCUUUGCAUCCUGGGAAAUUUGUCGUCUGCUAAAAUGUCAUCUGCUAAAUUUCUUAAAUUAGCUUCGAUUUUUUUUAAAGAAUACUAUCAGAAUAGCAAACAGUUUGGAUCCUGAUGAGAUGCCACGUUCUGGGCCUUCAAAAUUCGGUUCCAUCACUGAAAGGGUUAAGUGUAUAUGAAGCAAGGUUAGCUAAAAAGCUCCAACAAAUAGGAAACAACCAUAUCUAUUUCAGAAAUUAGCUUUUAUAGCAGUCUUUUUUGUUCAUACCAUUGUUAUUGAAUCAUUAAACACUACAGCUUAUCUUUAUAUUUAUGAAAGCAAUGCAUGGUUUUGAUUAUAUUUUAUCAAUUUAACAGAAAUCUCAACUUUUGCAAUUUUAUGUACAUCUAACCGUUUUAUAACAUGUGAUGAUAUUUUAUAUGUAACUUUAUAUUUAAGGUCUGUGAUUAUAAUUGUUUAUGUAAUGUUCUGUUUUGUCCAUCAUCUUGUGGUUUGCAUUUUAUUGGGGAUUCAGGGAUUAAACAGUAACACAGGUAUUCCCAAACUUAAAAGGAGCGUGGGAGCAGUGGUCUAAUGGAGGAUGCUGGCUUAGGAAUCGAGAGGUCCCGGGUUCGAAUCCUGCCCUGACCGCUGGAAUUUCCUUGAGCAAGAAAUUUAUCCCACAACUGCUCCUCUCCACCCAGGUGGUAUAAAUGGGUACCUGUGAGGGAAAUAAGCCAAUGUGCCGUGGCUGCAUACUGCGCCAAGAUGUUAACGGACGACUUAUGACCCAGUGAUCAGGGAAAAACUGUAAAGCGCCUUUGAACGCACAUCUCGAGUAUGAAAAGGGCGCUAAAUAAAUUUGGUAUAAAAAAAAGGAACUCAUUUUCGCUUCAUUUUGUUUAGUGCUUAGCGUUUUUUGCUAUAUUUAUAUUUGUUUUCUGUUUUAUUGAUAUUGUAUGAUUUUCAUUUUCUCUAUACUUGAUGAAACAGUUGUUGAACAUAUUAAACUUUAGUAAUAAGGCACCAAUAUAUUUUAUGAAAUAAUUUAUCGACGACAUUCAAAUAAAAAUGCUUAUUUGUUUCUCAAUUGAAGAGGUGUAUUUAUACAAGCCAUGAAGAGGCAUGAAUACGUGCGUACCAUACAAAUAAAUUCCGCAUAGUGUUGGUGUAAUAAAUUCAAAUUGGUUUUGUCUUGUUUAAUGAUAUUUAAGCGACAAUAUUCAUGGUCGCAGUUUCAGGUACAUGAUUAAUAUGAUUUUAGCAUACUAUGUGAAUUAUUUCCCUUACUCAUGCAGGAAUAUAUUGUAUAUAUAACGCUUCUGUGGUGUUGGAUAUCAUUGAAAUUCAUGUGUACAACAAAUCAUAUUUGAAAUAUAUAUUUAGCUGGAAGUGUCAUAAACUAUGUUCUUAAAGAUGGUCCAGCAAUUUUUAACUCCACGAUAUUCCAUGUAACUAAUGUUUGAUAUUGUAAAUUCUCUUUGCAGUUCAAUACCUUAAUGCAUAACUUUAUGCCACUCAUGUAAAACUAUAUACAAUUCUACAAUACUGAUAAUGGACUUUGGUAAAUGAGAAACCAUCAUUAGAAUAUUAAUAAAAUUAUAAAGCGUUAAAAAAAAGAAACAAAUUAAUGACUUUGUGGUGUUUUUGUUGUGUUUGUUAUGUUUUGUCAAACAACGUGGAUUGCUUAUAUAAAGUUUCAAUUGUAGUAUGUUUUUUAUCAGCACUGAUUGCCGAUUGGUGUUAGCAAUAGCAUUUAAUCCUAUGGUCAGUGAUUCGAGCUCAGGCAGGGGGAAAAGUUUUUAUCUUUUUUGUUUCUUUCUUGAAUUUUUUUCUUAUUUUGAAAUGGAGCUUUUUUGUUCCGUUUUUGCAUGCAUCAAUUAGAACAAUGUAAUAAAGAACUUCAAAUAACAAAUGCGGGAAUCUGUGAACAAGUCCCAUUAAAAUAAUAUAGAAAUUAAUUAGUUCCGAUAUUCAAGUAUGCUACAAGGACCUUUAUUUUCCCUGUGAUUUUUUUUCUACCAUAUAUUAUGCAUGUACUAUUUUGUUUUGUGAUCAUGUAAUAUACAUUUAUUGUUAUUUCAUAUCAUUAAGAUCUGCUGAUCAUAUACAAAAUCGGUAUUCUUUAUUAUUUCUACACAUAUUAUAUUUUAAAUUAAUAUGAAGGGUAAGAAAUUAACAACAUUUCUAUGGCAUUUUACCAAUAUUUUUAUGCAACUAUAAUAAAAAAGAAUGUCCGUUGCUGACUGAUUUUCCUGUUGAAAUGUAUUGGCACAACAACAUUUGUUUGCUUUGUAAAUUAAUAGAGACAUUCCUGUUGUCGUGUUUGGAGUGAACAGUUUGAGCAUUUAUGAUCUCAUUUGUUCGACUGGAGUUGUGAUUAAUUGACUCUGACAAGUGACAGAUAUCUUGAUGACGUAUCGUAAUCAUUAUCUUACGUAACUGCAAAAGUGUUCUACUAACUUCUUUGUAUUGGUCGUUUAUGAUUUUUAUGUCCCCCAGUCUAUACUUUUGCAAUAUUUAAGAUAGCAACUUUAUAUUUGGCAUGCAUGUGUAUCUCAUUGAGCUGCAAAAUUUGAGUGGUGGAAGGACAAGGUCAUCCUUCAAGGUCAAAGGUCAAAUAUAUGGGAGGGGGACAUAGUGUUUCACAAAUACAUCUUGUUAUAAUUUCGUUUGCAUUCCAUUCUUAAGCUUCUAUAUCGAUAAUAACAUUCAAUCAUAUCAUUUUUUAAAUGCUGAGGAUAUGGGGAUGAGAAAAUGAAAGCAUGAAAGCCGCAUUUAUAUAUAUCUAUAUAAAUGAACGCCGCAUAUAUAUAAAAAAAACUUGAAAGCCAUGUACAUUUGAGUAUCUGUAUAUCAGCUUAACCCUUUGCAUGCUGGGAAAUUUGUCAUCUGCUAAAAUGUCGUCUGCAGAAUUUCUAAAAUUAGCAUUUUCUUUGAUUUUUUUCCCAAGAAUACUAUCAGAAUAGCAAACAGUUUGGAUCCUGAUGAGACGCCACGUUUUGUGGCGUCUCAUCAGGAUCCAAACUGUUUGCAAAGGCCUUCAAAAUCCAGUUCCAGCGCUCAAAGGGUUAAUAUCUGUUGAUUUUAAGAAUGCGUUAUGAAAGUGAUUAUUUUUCACUUCAACGCGGUCAAUUUAUUUAUGUUUACUAUUUUAUGCACUUUUUAGAUGAACACAAAUAUAAUUGAAUUUUUGGAGUUGUGAGAAACACAAUUAUUGUGUAUAUUAUAAAUUGUUAUAGUUACAAAUAAUUUUUAUAGUCACAAACAAGAUUUUUUGUAUCGGUCGGUGAUUCAUGAUUAAUGGAUUGUAAUAUGUUGUUCAUAUAUUGAAUUCGUUGUUGAUUGUUGUCUUACAUGUGUUAUCCUGUUUUUAUAGGAUUUGGAUUUAUUGUUUAGUAAUCACUAUAAUAACUAGAAAAAUGGCGCCGCAGAGGCCGACGCAUACCUUACGCCGAAUAGAUGUUAUAUUAAAAGGCAAUUUUGGAUUGGUAAGGCCUAUGUUGGUGGCGCCCCGGGGUGGGUAAUGUGAAAAUGGAUGGUCGAGAUAGACUGUGUUGUCAUAAGAGAUGUUCAGUACUAAUUUGGUGAAUAAAUGAAGAAGUUAUGUUAAACCAAAAAAAAAAAUUGGGUACAAAAAAAAAUUGGGUACGAAAACAUAAUGCCAUACAAAAUUUGGGUACGAAACAAAAAUUGGGUAUGAAAAAAAAAUGGGAACGAAACAAAAAUUUGGGUACAAAAAAAAAAUUGGGUACGAAAAAAAAUGUGGGCGUGAAACAAAUUUUGGGUAUGAAAAAAAAAUGGGGAAAAAUAAUUGGGUCCAAACAAUUUUGGGUCCAAAAAAAAAAUUGGGUAUGAAAAAAAUUAGUACGAAAAAAAUGGGAAUCGAAAAAAAAUGGGUACGAAAAAAAUUAGGAAGUAGUAAAUUUGAAAGAGGAUGGGGACCGAGCUGCCUUUACCUUUAUCAAUGGCCCUGGGGUGGGUAAUGUGGACAUGGGUGGUCGAGAUAGACCGUGUUUUCAUAAGAGAUGUCCAGUAUUAAUUUGAAGUCAAUUGGUGAAUAAAUGAAGAAGUUAUGCUUAAACAAAAUUUUGGGUGGGCGUGGUCGGGCACUAUCUCUUACACUAUUAGAACUAGAACCUUGAAACUUGCACACAUGGUAGCAAUAAGCAUAUGUGCGACGGUGCACUAUUUGGAAUUUUAAUAUGAUCCCUGGGUCUAAAGCUAUAAUCAUGUGGGUCGCAUGUUGUUAGUAAAAUUAGUUUUUUACCAAUUUCACCCAUUUAUUUACCCAUAACUUAUGGCCCAGGGGUCAUAUCAAAAUUCCGUCGCCGUCACCAUCGCACAUAUGCUCAUAGCUACCAUGACUUUUUUUUAGUGUAAGUUUCAAGGUUCUAGUGCUAAUAGUGUAGGAGGAGAUUAUAAGUGGCCAGGACAGACGGACAGAAAGCCGAGAUCAAUACAAUAUCCCAUGCUUUUAAAAGCGUGGGGAUAAAAAGCCUAUCGGACGGUCACACUUUUUUCUCUCCUUAUACUCUGGAGUAUCAUUAAUUCUUUAUUUUUACAAAAUCACCAUUGAAAUGAAAACGAUAAAAAAUAAUUGCAGUAAAUCAAUCAAGUUGCAGAUAUAAGUUAUAUAUAUAUAUAUAUCAUGUAUUAUUGUUGUGUUAACAUUUGCAGGAAUUCAAAUGUAUUAGUUGGUCUCAAUUGCACACAAAGUAUAAUUUACAGAGGGAGAAUUGAAUAACCGUAUUGUUAAUUAUCCCCCACCAUAGGCGGAGGGAUAUUGUUUUGGCGUUGUCCGUCCGUCUGGAGCCAUAUUUUGAAAGUGCUUUGGUGGAUUUCAUUGAAACUUUGUGUGAGUAUAAAUAUGGAUAAGAGGAUGAUGCACGCCAAAUGGCAUUGCACAAAUCUGUUUACGUAGUUAUGGUCAUUUGUAUCUUGAAAAAAUGCUUUUUAAUAUAAGCUUACAGCUUUAUCUCCAUUAACACAUGAGCCAGAGCCAUGAAACUUGCCAAAGUUGUUCUCAAUCAUUUGGGGGUGCUUCACAUUCAACACCCAUAAUCUUAGGGGCUACGGUCAAGGUCACACAUUGAGGUCAAAGAUCACAAAUUUGAUGAAUUAUUCAUUAUUAAGUCAUUCCUUUACUAUGCAAUGAAACUUUCUAUAGUUGUUCUGAAUCAUCCGGGGUUGUGUACAUUCAACAUAGGGGCUAAGGUCAAGGUCACACAUUGAGAUCAAAGGUCUACACACAUCCAUAAACAAAAUUUAUUUGGCGGGGGAUAUCCAUUCAACGAAUUUGCUUGUUAAAAGAGUAACACAACCAUGUAAAACCAUGGUCUCGUGCAAAUUCCCAAUUUUUCUCGCAUUCAAUUAAACAAUGUAAUAAGCAUUGAUUUGUCAUUAAGCAUGUUUGCGAGUGUGUGCAAUUGUUUAUGUGAUGAUAUAAGCUUAAUUGUAUUUUAAAUUAAAUCGGCAUUUGCCUUCGAA